AUGAAGGGAGUGCAACAGAUUCAGAGGCAAGAAUCCUCAAUGACUAAGGAAGAUGAGAAAAAGAAAGGAAGUGUGAAGCCUACCUCAGGAAAAGUUCCACUGAAAUCUUUUGGAGAAGUAGUUCAUGCAAAAGACAAAGUGUCUUCACCUAGGUCGCCUUUAAAGGCAUCGGAAGAGAAAGGCAUAGAAGAAGAAACUCCGAGAACUGUUUUCAAGAGAAAGCGAACUCCCGGCACAGAGAAGGCAUCUGGUGAUAUUGAGCUCAACAAGAGUUUGAAAAAGCACAAGGUCUUGUAUAAUGAUGGUGAGGAAGAAGUACUAAAUCUCAAACGAGAAAGGUGGGAGCUUAUUGAAGAUAACUCGGUUUCAGAUGGGAAUGAUGAUGCUGAACAUUCAAGUCAUGAUACUUCAUCGGAAGUGGUGUUGCUAAUUGUUUGGUUUCCUUUAACCAGGCAAAAGAGGAAGAAAGGGAAUACAGAUUCAGAAGCAUCGAAAAGCAAACGUCGAAAAGUGAACAAUACACCAAAAAGUAGACAGAAAGGCAGUGCAACAAAAUCUUGGGGCAAACCAAAGGAUCAAGGCAAGGCAUCUGGUAGUCAAACGAAAGGCAAAUCUGGUAAAGCAUGUAGUGGUAAAACCAAAGGUGAAUCUGUUAAAGUACCUGGAAGUAAAAUCAAAGGCGACUCACCAAAGACCCCAAGCCACCCUAAACAGGACAGUCACAAAACUGCAAAGUCUAAAGGACCUGCAAAAGGGAAACCCCCGGAUUCUGUAAAGUCACGACAAACUGAGGCGAAGAGUGGGAAGAAGCGAAGAAGCGAAGAACACGCAGAGGAAAAAUUACCGACGCCGCCGGUGCCACCAACAACAAGAACGAGCUUCGAUGAGGAACAACAACAGGUGGUAAGAGAUCGGCUCAGGGGCAAAGGGAGGAAUGAAGGGACGGCUUUAGUUAGAGAUUUUGAGAGAUGGGGAAGAUCGGUGAUCGGAGUUAGGUUGAUCGUCGACGCCAUGUCCGAGUGA